AAAAUCAAAGCAUGACAAUGGUGAGGUUAUGGGAUGCUUUAACUUGACCACCGGUGCUGCUGUUACAUGUUAAAGCAUCACCACGCUGUACCAACGGUGGUCCCACUCCUGUUUCUCUGGACCCACGGAAAUCCUCCGUCGCGCGACUGCCAUGCGUGCAUGCGCUGGGCUCCUCUUCCUGCUUGUGCACCUACUGGCGCGAGCCCGAGGCCAGUAUGACCUGUGCAAGUCGCUCGUGAGCACGGACGAAGGUGCCAUGUGGGAGCAUUAUGCGUGCCAACCCAAAUCCCAGUUCAUGAAGGAGUUCAUGCGCAUCCAGGUUGAGCCACCGGGCAUCACUUGCGGGAACCCGCCGGAAAGAUUCUGCACGCUGGAGAAUCCAUACCUCUGCAGUGAUGAAUGCGAUGCAUCCAACCCUGACCUGGCACACCCGCCGCAGCUGAUGCAGGAUCGAGAGCGCAGUGGUCUGAUCACCUACUGGCAGACGGUCACGUGGCAGCGAUAUCCUGAACCUCUUCAAGCCAACAUCACCCUGACCUGGAACAAGACCCUCGAGCUCACUGACGAUAUUCAAAUCACCUUUGAGUAUGGCCGACCUACUAUCAUGGUACUGGAAAAAUCGCUUAAUUUCGGCCGCACAUGGCAGCCCUACCAGUACUACGCAGACGACUGUGUGGAUGUGUUUAACAUGCCGGCAAGACGUGUACGCGAUCUGAACGCGGCCAACGCCACGCGUGUGAUCUGCACAGAGCACUAUUCCCGCUGGGUUGGGUCUAAGAACGAGAAGGUCGUGAGGUUUGAGGUGCGGCCACGAUUUGCCAUAUUUGCCGGCCCGAGGCUGCUGAAUAUGGAAGGGUUGUACACACGGAUGGAGAGCAUGAAGGGUCUACGUGAUUUCUUCACGUUUACGAAUCUGAGGCUCCGCCUACUUAGACCCGCCCUCGGUGGAACGUACGUCCAGAGAGACAACCUGCUCAAAUACUUCUACGCCAUCUCGAAUGUAGAGGUGCUAGCCAGGUGUCAGUGUAAUCUUCAUGCAUCUCAGUGCGUGUAUGUGGACGGCAACUUGCAGUGUCAAUGUGAACACAACACGACUGGACAGGACUGCCAGCGAUGCAAAAAAGGAUACAAAGCCAAGACCUGGAAAGCAGGAUCGUACUUACCCACACCGAACGGAUCCCCCAAUACAUGUGAGCAAAACACACAUAUAAUAGGAAAUUGUGAAUGUAAUGGACACUCUAACCGCUGCAGUUAUAUAGACUUCCUGAACAUCGUCACCUGUGUGAGCUGCAAACACAACACGCGUGGUCAAAACUGCGAGCAUUGCCGCAUGGGCUUCUACAAAAACACUUCUGCGGAGCCUGAUGACGAGAAUGUCUGUGUUGAGUGUAACUGUAAUACUAUGGGCUCGGUUCAUGACCGCUGUAACAGUACCGGGUUCUGUCAAUGUAAAGAUGGCGCUACCGGAGUCAAAUGUGAUGAAUGUCUCCCCGGUUACUAUUGGAAACAGGGCUGCUUCCCAAACGUGUGUGACGAGGAGUUACUAUUGUGCCAGAACGGGGGGACGUGCUAUCAAAAUCAGCGCUGUGUUUGCGCACCGGACUUUAAGGGUGUUUUGUGCCAACAGUCGCGCUGCGACGGAGGUAAAAAGUGUAACCAUGCCAGCGCGCUCACUUUGAGCCUGGCACUGCUGCUCUGCCCGCUCCUUGCCAUCCUGCUGGGCUCCGCCACCUCCUGAGAUACCCCUGCUUCAGCACCAGCGGCCACUGAGAGGGAAUGGUGCCCACCAUCGCCCUCAAAAGGACACAGAAUGCCCUGCGGGAGAUCAAGAUCGAGAGCUAAAAGACUCUAGUAGGGCUACAAAUAAAAGGAACUCAAAGCACUCCUUACAUAUACGCCGAGGAUGAAUGAUACACACACACACACACAUUCAAAUAAUCCAACAAGAUGGGAUUUCUUCAUCAAUUGCUGCAAGAUUGAACGCUCACCGCACUUCCUUCGCUCUGAUUGGCUCAGUGGAAGGGCAUGUUCUCACAUCUAGAAGGUUCUGUUUUUACGGAAAGACGGGAAAGCUGUGGCGUCACGUUUCUACACUCUUCCGAUGCAUUUUUAACAUUCAGAUGUAUGUAAUGAGCGCUCACUGUUAUUCAAAAAAAGCAAAGAUUGUGAAUAUGAUUGUGAUAUUUGUUAUCAUGAGUAUUAAGAUUUUAGGCACUGUACCGCUGGUUGUUAUAGGAAUGUAUGUUGCCACAGAAUUAAUAUUUACAAAGUAUUCAGGACACAAAGUAUCCAACUCAGCAACAUUAUGAGAAGAUAUCUAAUCAAAUCGAAUUAUUGUAAACCCUCACAUUAAUGGAUUAUUUUUGGUAGAGAAUAUUUUUGUUUGGAUCUACAUCUAUACAUAAGAGGUAUGAAUCUAUAACGUAGAGUUUACACUGGACACUUUACAGUCAGGUAUUACAAAGGAUGAAUUUAAGCACUAAAUGUAUCAAGAGAGAAAUCAGAAUUUAUUGCAAAAGUAUAUGAUGGGGUUUAUGGCACUGUAAAAGU